AUGGCCACCCUAUCUACUCCAUCGAAGCAGACUGCUUCCUCUCUGGAAAAGCUGAAGAUGAACGAUUCACCAAUGAAGCCACUCAAGCUCGACCUCGGGAACAAGGAGAAUACUCCUAUCUCUUCAGCUGUUGCUGAGCCAGAGUUGAAGAAGGUUGAGCUCGAGACCUCCAAGCCUACCGAAGCCCAGGUUGUCAAGGCCAAGACUCCCAAGGAACUGGAGGCAGAGGAGCCUCUCCUCCAGGAAAAUCCUCAACGCUUCGUGCUCUUCCCAAUCAAGUAUCGCGAGAUUUGGCAAAUGUACAAGAAAGCCGAGGCCUCUUUCUGGACGGCUGAAGAGAUUGAUCUCUCCAAAGACAUUCAUGACUGGAACAACAGGCUCAAUGACGAUGAACGAUUCUUCAUUUCCCAUGUCUUGGCCUUCUUUGCCGCUUCCGAUGGUAUUGUCAACGAGAACCUCCUCGAACGUUUCAGCAAUGAAGUCCAAGUACCGGAAGCCCGAUGCUUCUAUGGCUUCCAGAUCAUGAUGGAAAACAUUCACUCCGAGACAUACUCCCUCCUCAUCGACACAUAUAUUAAGGAGCAGAAACAACGAACCUACCUCUUUGAAGCUAUUGACACCAUUCCAUGCAUCCGCAAGAAGGCUGAUUGGGCCAUCCGAUGGAUCCAAGAUAAGGAUUCCACCUUCGCACAGCGUCUUGUUGCUUUUGCUGCCGUCGAGGGCAUCUUCUUCAGUGGUUCCUUUGCUUCUAUCUUCUGGCUGAAGAAGCGUGGUCUUAUGCCCGGACUCACCUUCUCCAACGAACUUAUCUCGCGUGACGAAGGCCUACAUACCGACUUUGCCUGUCUACUCUUCUCUCACCUCAAUCACCGUCCUGAGCCCAGUGCCGUCGAGGCUAUCAUCACUGAAGCUGUCACCAUCGAGCAGGAAUUCUUGACUGAUGCCCUCCCCUGUGCCCUUCUCGGCAUGAAUGCUAAGCUCAUGUGCCAGUACAUUGAAUUCGUGGCCGAUAGGCUUCUCGUUGCUCUUGGUAACAAGAAGUUCUAUAACACCACCAACCCCUUCGACUUCAUGGACAACAUCUCCCUAGCUGGCAAGACCAACUUCUUCGAGAAGCGUGUUGGAGACUACCAGAAGGCCGGUGUCAUGGCCAGUACUAAGAAGGAAGAAGAAUCUACCGAAGAACCUGAGAACGGCGGCGCUUUCCGAUUUGACGAGGACUUCUAG